UGUUCGAGCCAGUCGAAGACGAGAGUCUGGCUGUCUGGAAAUUUUGUCUCGUGUUUGAUUCCAGCUUGAUAUUUUCCACAAUAGCUGGCUUUUUAUACCCACGACGCGUUUUUUGUUUUUAUACCGAGCCCCGCACUGCUGCUAGACUCUCACAGGUGUCCGAAUGGCUGGUGCUGAGGUGAACGGGAGCUCUGUCCUUGUAAAAGAGGAGGAAGAACCUAUGGAUGUGACCACCCGCACAGAAAACUACCAGACACUCAUUGAUGUAGGGCUUCCCCAGGAGGUGGCUGAGAGUCUUGACAAUAUCUUUCAGACAGGAUUAGUGGCCUACGAAGACCUCGAUGAAAGGGCCAUCGAUGCACUGCGGGAGUUCAAUGAAGAGGGGGCACUUUCAGUGCUGCAACAGUUUAAAGAGAGUGACUUGUCCCAUGUACAGAAUAAGAGUGCAUUCCUCUGUGGUGUCAUGAAGACAUAUCGACAGAGGGAAAAGCAAGGAAGUAAAGUUCAGGAGUCCUCCAAGGGACCAGAUGAAGGGAAAAUAAAGGCUUUGUUAGACCGCACCGGCUACACUCUGGAUGUAACCACAGGACAACGAAAGUAUGGAGGUCCACCACCUGAUGGUGUGUUUAAAGGAGCCCAACCAGGAAUUGGCACUGAGGUGUUUGUUGGUAAAAUUCCAAGGGACCUUUAUGAGGAUGAACUGGUGCCCCUUUUUGAGUCUGCUGGUUCCAUCUGGGAUCUCCGAUUAAUGAUGGACCCACUUUCUGGUCAAAACAGAGGCUAUGCCUUUAUCACGUACUGCAACAAGGAUGACGCACAAAAGGCAGUUAAACUUUGUGAUAACCACGAAAUCCGCCCUGGAAAGUAUCUAGGCGUGUGUAUAUCUGUUGCAAACAAUCGACUCUUUGUUGGCUCUAUUCCAAAGAACAAGACCAGGGAAAGUAUUUUGGAAGACUUUGGCAAAGUAACAGAGGGGCUUCAGGAGGUGAUCCUGUACCACCAACCAGAUGACAAGAAGAAGAAUCGAGGUUUUUGUUUCUUGGAGUAUGAGGACCACAAGUCUGCAGCGCAGGCCCGCCGCCGCCUAAUGAGUGGAAAGGUGAAGGUGUGGGGAAACCCAGUGACCGUGGAGUGGGCAGACCCUGUUGCAGAGCCAGACCCUGAAGUCAUGGCGAAGGUGAAGGUUCUUUUUGUGCGAAAACUUGCGACUGCUGUCACUGAAGAGCUCCUGGAAAGCACCUUUUCUCAGUUUGGAAAACUGGAGCGGGUGAAGAAAUUGAAAGACUACGCUUUUGUACAUUUUGAGGAACGAAAUGCAGCUGUGAAGGCUAUGGAUGAGAUGAACGGGAAGGAGCUUGGAGGGGAGGAGAUUGAGAUUGUCCUGGCUAAGCCCCCAGACAAGAAGCGGAAAGAAAGACAAGCGGCUCGCCAGACAACAAGAGGGGGAGGGUAUGAUGAAUAUUAUUACUACCAACCUCCACGCAUGCCACCACCCGGCCGUGGAAGGGGGCGUGGCAACAGAGGGGGUUACGCCUACCCUCCAGAUUACUAUGGAUAUGACGAUUACUAUGAUGACUACUACGGCUACGACUACCAUGACUACCGUGGUGGCUAUGAAGACCCCUACUACUAUGAAGAUGUGUACAGCGUGAGGGGCCGUGGCACUCGUCCCAGCAGAGCUGGCCCACCUCCUCCUCGAUCUCGUGGUGCACCACCUGCGCGAGGCAGAGGAGGCUACCCCCAAAGAGGCAUGCCGCUGGGCGGUCCAAGAGGUGCCCGUGGAGGGCGUGGUGCCCCGUUCCAGCCCCAGAGGGGGCGCGGCCUACGCGGUGUAAGGGGCAACCGUGGAGGAAACGUGGGUGGAAAGAGGAAGGCGGAUGUGUUUAACCAGCCUGACUCCAAGCGCCGCCAGACCAACACCCAACAGAACUGGGGGUCCCAGCCGAUCGCUCAGCAGCCUCUGCAGCAAGGGGCCGACUAUUCCGGUAACUAUGGUUACAGUAAUGACAACAUGGAGUUUUCACAGGAUUCUUAUGGGCAGCAGUGGAAGUAAACGCACCAAAUAAAUUUGGCUUUGACAGACAAAAAAAAAAGAAGAAAAUUGAUGCAUAGGUGUGGGGAAAUUGGCCUCAAUACUUCUGUUACAUUUUAUUUGCUAUAUCUCAUUACAAAUCUGUAUAUAUAUCUGUCUUGAAUUGGCAAUUGGCUCAAGAUGAUGAUCUGGAAAGACCUUUUGGCUGAAGAACAUAACAGUUUCUGGUUUCCUCCUCUUACUACAAUUGUAUGGCAGAACCAAAACGUGUCAUUGUUCCUCUUCGUUCUGAAUAUUCUAAGGCCAAACAUGAACAUUCUCAAAAGUGGACAUUGACUAUCCAAAGUCUGAGGACAUUAAAUAAGAACUUGCUCAUGCUUCUUCCCCUACCUCCCUCUCUUGUACUCCUUUUAUUUGUGCUCCCCCAUAGUUGCUUAGGGCCUUGCUUGUAUAUAAAUGCGAAUGCUUAGACCUUCAUAUUUCAUUUUUUUGCAAUGGUGGAGAAAAGAAUCCACAGGAAGGAUACAAAAAAAAACAAGAUUUGUAAUGUUCACGUGUAUGCGUAGCAGUAGAGGUCAACAAUUUGUGUCUUGUUUUUUUUCUAAAAAAAUUGAAUUCAUAACUUCCUAUGUUUUCUUUGAACAUGCCCAUUAGAGUUUGGUUUGGCUUACCUUAAAAGCCAUAGAAUUCUGUUCUCUGAUGGUCUUUGUAUUUAUAACUUUUAAGUUUGUUUUCAUUUCAAUAAAACUCAGCUGAGAAUCA